CACACAGCCACUUCCGCCACUCGCAUGACUGCGAUAAGCUCCACAGUGGCACACCCUCAAGCAGGGUAGGCGAAGACUAUAUAAACAGGCAACCCUUUCCGCUCUGUUGUUGUCUCACCGGAUCAACCUAUCCAUCAAGAACUCAACCAUUCCCAUAUCCAAUCUACCACAACCAGUCACACAUCAUCAAAAAUGGCCCGUACCAAACAGACUGCCCGGAAAUCAACUGGUGGCAAAGCCCCUCGAAAGCAGCUUGCAGCCAAGGCCGCUCGCAAAUCAGCUCCUCCAGCCGGAGGAGUCAAGAAACCUCACCGAUACCGUCCUGGAACUGUCGCUCUGCGAGAAAUCCGUCGGUACCAGAAAUCCACGGAACUCUUGAUCCGCAAACUGCCCUUCCAACGCCUCGUCCGCGAGAUCGCACAAGACUUCAAGACCGAUCUGCGGUUCCAAUCUUCGGCCGUCAUGGCUCUGCAAGAGUCAGCCGAGGCCUAUCUGGUCGGAUUGUUCGAGGACACCAAUCUGGCUGCCAUCCAUGCUAAACGUGUCACCAUUCAACCCAAGGAUAUCCAGCUGGCCCGUCGACUGAGAGGCGAACGAUCUUAAAUCAACUCCCGCUUUCCUCCCAUCAAUCAAUCAAUCCCUUUUCUUUUCGUCUUGUUUUGUUUCUGUCCGGCCUUCUAUCUCUCUGUCUCGCAACUGUUGUAGUCUUUCAGUUUUUCUUAUAAUAUAUACCAUAUUCAAUGAAUGUCGUCUGAUUCAAAAACCCUUUCAACUCAACCUCGCUCUUUGUGAGCUAUUACCUCAUGUUGGGCCACACCGUAUUGCUGCAGACUCUUGAGUUUAACAUUCUACAUACAAUUUGAGUACCAGGUAGGUCUUUCAUAUAUGUAUCUGAGGAACUUUGAGCCCCCUAUGUACCAUUCUACUUUGGUCGCAUUUUUGACCAUGGCCCGGAGUGUCUCCAUUCUGCCUGAACCUCACACAUUUCCUUAUGAUCGAACGGAUAUGUAAUGAAUUCUAUCCAUAUCGGAUACCUGGGCUAUGUAGCUCCGGAUCAAUAUCCGUCUGUAUGUACAUAUGCAUUUAUU